AGUCUCCAUUAAUCAUCAGUCAACUUUCAGCAGUAGCCCGAACAAGUUAAAUCUUUCCGGAUUGUUUUAACUCUAAUUCAACUUGCAAAAAUGAAAUUCUUCGUCGUAUUCGUUGCCGUUAUUGUUGCUGUGUACGCAGCUGAGGAGCAGGAGAGCUCAUACACCCGGGACAAGCGCGGUUUUGCCAGCGGUGGAUAUGGAUCCUCAUCUGGUGGAUCGAGCCACGGAAGUGGAUCCAGCGGAUACGGAAGCGGAUCUGGUGGAGCUGCAGCCAUCGCCCAGCAGGCGGCCAACCAGGCCAAAGCGGCCCAAAAUGCCCAGGCUGGCGCUGCUGCCCAAGCCGCCCAACAAGCGACCGCCCAACUUGCCGCCCAGGCUACUCAAGCCGCCCAGCAGGCCCAGGCUGUUGUAGCUGCCAAACAAGCCAUGGCUGGUCAGAUCUCCCAAGCCGCUCAGGCCGCCCAGGCCGCCGCUCAAGCUGAAGCUUCAUUGGCCGCUCAAGUUUCUCAGGCCGCCCAGGCCGUCGAGGCAACCAAUGUCCAAGCCCUCCAACAGGCCCAGGCCCUUGCCUCGGCUGCCGCUGCCGCUCGUGCUCACGCUGCCACUUCCUCCUCUGCCCUCCAGGCCGUCCAGGCUGUUGUCAGUGCCCAGUCUCAGAUGGCAUCUCAGGCUCAGUCCAACGCCCAGCACUUGGCAGCCAAACAACAGGCCUCACUGGCCGACCUCGCCGCUGCCCAGCAAGCCGCUAACAAGGCGUAUGCCGCCGCUCAGGCCGCUCAAGCUUUUGGAUCCGGAAGCUACGGUGGUUACAGCAGCGGUAGCAGCUACGGCGGAAGCUCCAGCGGAAGUUCCAGCGGAAGCUACGGUGGAAGCUCGAGCAGCAGCUACGGCGGCACCUCCGGUGGACGCUCUCUCCCCAUCUUGUGCGGUGGCAACGGAAUUUGCUAACUCUAAAGAAAUUAAAUGACGAAUUACUUGAUCUGCACAGAUGAUGAUAUUGAGUCGGAGACACGGAAACGUUGAUCGUUUCCGUCGACUUCCGCAUUCCCCUAUAAUAUGAUCCACAUUGAUUUUCCUAAUAUUUAGCAACAUAGCCCUAUUGAUUAGUUGAUGGCCGCAAACAUUGAUACACAAUCCGACGUUGAUUGUUUGUUUCGAUUCUCAGAAAUAAAGGAAAUAAAAAUAAAA